AUGGGCACGCUAGCCACUAAUCUAGCCGAUCUACCGGUCGGGCUGUUCCGCCAAUUGUGCGACUGCCUGAAUGCUGGCCAGCUAUGGGUGAAGCUGCUCGACGGGGAGAAGUCAAAUGUAUACUAUUUGAGCGCCGACGAAAUGGAGCGGUACGCCAGGUUGCCCGAUCCGGCCGAGACGCUGCUUAGAAUCUGGGGAACGCGCGGUCAAACCGUGCAGCAUUUUCUGGUUCGCCUGCAGGCAUUGUCCAGGGUGCACCGCGAACUAAUGGACCGGCCGCAAUUGGUGCUGAACCGGGCUUUUAAAGCGGUACGAUGGGCGAAGAGCGAGAAGGUCGAGAUUUCGAUCAUUUCUGAUGGCACCGAGAUGCAGCUCGUUUGUAAAGUGAUUGGUUUCCCCUAUCCUCGAUUCCAAUGGCUUUGCGGAGGGGUGGCGAUGGACGGCGUCAAUACGGAUACGUUGAUUUUACCAAGAUGCAAAUGCUCGACGGUAGCCCAAUACAACUGCAAGGCGUGGAACGAAGUACCGCCCGGCCUGCCGAAUAGCGACCACUAUCGAAAGCCGGGGAAGAUGUAUAGUUCCGAUCUCGAAUCCGGCGUCGUAGAGUUGGAGGCGUUCAUUGGCGACGACAAUCGGUGCGAACAAUGCGAGAGUCAGGAGUAUCAGAAGCUUUGUGAGACGAUGGGCACGCUCAACCAGGCCGAGACCGAAACACCGACACCAGCGCGGAGAGUGCUGGACACGGUGGCGAGUCUGCAUGCGACCGAUAAGGUGGCUCUGAUCAUCUCAAAUUGUUCGUAUCGAAACUUGCCCGAGUUGGUGACGCCCUUGUGCGACGCGGAAGCGCUGGCCCAGAGCCUACAAGAUAUCAAGUUCAAAACGGUGACCCUGGCUGAUUUGACGUUGGAGGAGAUGCAGAAGAUUGUGCGCGAGUACAAAAAACUGCUGGGCAACGGAGUUUACGCGGUCUUCUACUUUGUCGGCCACGGUUUCGAGGUGAAUGGACAGUGCUAUUUGUUACCAAUUGACGCUCCUGAAGACGCGCAUACUCCGGAAAAAUGCGUCAGCAUGGACUGGGUGCUCAGCGUCUUCAACGAUCAGACCCCGGCGCUGCAUCUGAUUCUGCUGGACGUGUGCAGGAAAUUUUUGCCGCUUGAAGCGGUGAAGGGCUUUGUCGACUACGCCGAGCAGUUCAAACGUCGGCUUCGACCAAAUCGGAACACAAUCUAUGGAUAUUCAACAAGCGGCGGCGUCGGCGCCUACGAGGUUCGCGGGGAAAUCAACGGCGUGUUCAUGAAGUAUUUGAAGAAUCACUUGCCGGUGAAUACGUCGGUGAUCGACAUGUUGAAUCGGGUUUUUAGAGAUAUUGAAAACGAUGCGCGGGUGAUGGCCGUGCAAAUCCCUGAGCUCAGGUCGACAAUGACACAACCAAGGAGUCUGCACGACGAGUUGAUUUUCGAUGGGCACACCGCAUCCUACGAUCAUCACACGAUACAUUGGCGGUUAAUGCACGAACUUCCCAAUCCAGUCAUCGUGCGCUUUCACGAACACAAACUGAAGGCCACCGUCUUUUUCGACUUUUGCGGCCACUUCACCAACAAGGUCUAUGUCUACUCCUCAGUGGGUGAUAUUUUGAGGGAAGAAGACGUUGAUGAAGAGGCGCCUUUGUCGGAAAAUGCCAGGUCGCACCUGGCGUUACUCGAAUUUCCGGAUUUCGUCACCGUGUCAAAAGCAAGAAUUUUUGAAGACGAUGAAGAAGGGGUAUCCGUCAGGGUUCUACUAUCUCACCUGCAGCGCUUCAAGGGAGAAGUGAGCUGCACGGUGAAUUUGUGCAUAAAGGACAAGGACAAGCCGGGUGAUGUCGUCGCCACUGCCGACGCGGAACUGGGCCAUGUGCUCAUCACAAGAUUGGGGCUUCUUCGC